UGGUGGAACGGAUACCGUGACAUUUUAAGGCAGUAUUCGUUUUCUGAUACGAAAAAUAUCAAUAAUGAUCAAUAAUUCACUUGAAAUAACUUUUGCGAUUAUAUUGCAAUAAUAUUUCGCUUAUUCUUGACAUAAAGCAUUAAGAAUGUGUGAUGUUUGUUCGGAGUUUUCACAGCUUUUAGUAAAUUGUGAAUCCAGGCUUACCGACGAUGUGUCCCAGUAUCCAACAAUAAGCCAAUCUGAGCUGGAGACAGUGCUGAACUAUAUUCUUUCAUGGCCACAAAGGCAAUGUAUGUGUUGCUAUCGCGAUGUGAAGAAUUUUGAAAGAUUCUAUCUUGUAGUGCAGAGUAUACUGUGCUUGUCUGUUUGUCAACUGAAGCAGCUUAAAGACGAACUAGUUGAAGCAGCUAAAACCGCUCCUGCACCUACCCUACCGCAACCUCCUGAUAAUGCACAAGACAAACAAAAACCUGAAGAAGAAAGCUCAACAUCAGCUGCAGAAGAAAAGAACAGUGAAGAAAAGGAAUCUCCAGAUGAACCAAAUGAACCCGCCGCUGCAGCAGAGACUGCAGAAGAUUCCAAAAAUGCUGAGACAUCUUCUACUUCAACUGAAGACCCUGAAUUAUGGUCUAUGCAGCAAAAGGAAAAGCUCAUGCACAUUGUUUCUAAAGUAUUCCUGCUCAACUUUCCUUUAUACUUAGCGUGCAAGCACUCAGCACUGAGCCGCUUAGAUGACCUGUCUGCUCAAGAAAUCUCUAAUCUUAGUUUAUACUGUGACUUACAUGAUACUGAGAUACCAGCUUACUUGCUUCGUAAUGUAAGCUUGUUCUGCAAGUUGGGUGGAGUUUGUGCUAUGACAUCUGUCUUUGAAAAUGCCACACAGAGUAGUCUACCACUGUCAAUGGCACAUGCCAUCGUGGCAGCAGUAGGCAACCUCAAGCUGUGGUUAAACUUCAGAGCGGUGUCACAGCUGUUCAUGCCAUUGAGAAGCAAGAUUUUGAAGUACAUGUGCACAUUAGAAGACAAAGAUCUCAGAGUACCUGCAGUGAAAUCUAUGGCUGAUUUCAUGUGGGGAGCAGCAAAGGAGCCAUUGGAUGUACCUCUAACAUUUGAUGGUGAUGGACUGGCAUUAGCCUUCAAGUACUUCAACAGUAGUACACUGACGAUGCGCCUGGCGGGAGUGGCGCAGAUUAACGCGCACAUCGCGUCGCACAACGAGCUGUGCGCCGGCGAGUCGGCAACAGACGCUGAAGUUGCUGGACAGCAACUUGCGACGUGGCUCACCAAUAAUAACAUCAUUGAACAUCUAUUUGGACCCAAUUUACAUGUGGAGGUGAUAAAGCAAUCUCAUAUGAUUCUGAAGUUUCUGGCGGUGGAAGGUCGCGUGACCCCUGAGCAUGUGGAGCUAGUGUGGGCGGCGGCGCAGCUGAAGCACUGCGGCCGACAGGUGUACGACCUGCUCCCCGGGUUCAUCAGGGCAUUGGCACCGAAACCUUGCGCACAUCUAUACAGUCUCCUGUGUGCGUUGCCACCUAAAGAGCACACGGAACAGAGUCUAUAUUUGGCUUCGGCGUUGAUGCGAGCGAUGUGGUCGAGGGGUGCGUCGGGCACGUUAGGCGGUUCCUCGCCUACGACGUUGGUAGACGAGCCACCGCUGCGGCCGCCGCAGCCGUCCUGCAAGCCGCACCACAACUCCUCGUCCGAAGCCAGCGUCAGCAUGGACCAGACCAACUCCGAUGAUGACCCUUGCGAGGAGCUGAGCACAUCAGGCGAGGAGGCCGGACCGACGCCGCGCAAACAAAGUAAACAUCAACGUGACCUGACUGCUGAACAAGAGUGGCUUAGAGAGGGAGAGGAGCUGACCAAGAAGGAGUGUCCGACGCUUAAAUCUUGCCAGAAACGUAGCAAGCGCGCGGGAAGCAGCGGGAGUGCGAGCAGUGGCGCGGAGGAGUUGCUGCGGCCUCGCAAGAAGAAGUUCUACAAGAAACGACACAAGCCAGGCAAACCCAAGCAUUUCCCAGCGACUCAAUUGAAGACUGCUGAUUUGGCCGAGUCCGUGUCUGAGGUGGAGGAGGAGUCCUCAGGCAGCGAUACUGCACACUGCCAGUUGAUCUGUGACAAUGUUGAUGCUAGACGUUUGAUGGAGCUGCGCCUAAUGGAGAGCUACAAGCGUCGCGGCGGCGGGGAGGAGGAGGAGGGCAGUGCGUCCUCCGCCCUGUCCCCCCACUCACACCCACACCUCGCGGACUUGGACGAGGACGACUCCGCCUGCGAGGAGGAACUCGCGAGGCUGGCAGCACAGGCGCAGUGCCUGACGGAGUACGGCGGCGGAGUGGUGACCAAGCGCGCGCGAGGUUCCCCGGCGACGGCGGCGUGCGACGUGGACGACGUGUGUCGCCCGGGGAACACGCUGCUAUGGGAUCUCUUGCAGGACGGCGCCAUUGAACAACUAGGCGAAGGCCUCGCACUGGAAGCAGAGAAGGCACUGUGUGCACUCCUUUGUUUCAGUACUGACAAGUUCAUCAGGAUCAAAUUCAUUGAGGGAUGCCUGGACAAUCUUGCCAAUCACAGAUCUGUGGCUGUGUCUCUUCGGUUGCUACCGAAAUUGUUCUCGUCGUUCCAACAGCUGCGAGGCAUGGAUAUGCAUCAAGUAGUAAUGUGGGCGGAACGUGAGCGUGGCAUGAUGCGCUUGUUCCUGGAGGACUUGCGCCACUACAUGAGCACGGUGCGCGCGCCCGAGCACAGCGCGCAUGCGGCGCACUCGGCGCUCUCGGCGCAUUCGGCGCUCUCGGCGCACUCGGCGCACUCGGCGCUCUCGGCGCACACGCACGCGGCGCACGCGCAGCACUACGCGCACAUCACCGAGCUCACCGUGCGCCUGCACUUCCUCACUGCCAUCUUCUCUCCGGUCGGAUCUCCGCAACAUUUUAGACUAACCGUGGAGCAGGUGGAGGAGCUAUGGCAGUGCUUGGUAGUACGGGGCAGCAGUGAGUGCGCAGACUGCCUGUACUCCUGGCUCCUCUCGCACACCAAGUCGCCCGACCAGCACGCGCUCGGACUCGACGCACUAAGAUUUUUGUACGUCGAGAAAAUGCCUACUUUGGAUCCUGAGACGAUCAGCAUAAUGGGUCUAAGCCUGUACCAGCAACUAUGCAACCUGGCGCGGAUGGCGCUGGGCACCGGGGACUCGAGGGACGCCGCCCAUCCACACACCCUCGCCAUGGACCAUCUGUGGAAGAUUGCGCUACGGGCCAAUAGCACUGAUGUAUCAAUGGGCGCAAUACAAUACCUAAACAGUUACUACAUGGGUCAGCAACUACAACAAGAAGACGACUUUGUAGCUAAAUGCAUGUUCCAUCUAUCUUCUGCUGCUGAGCGACUGAUCAGUAAGAAACAGAAGGCGGACGGAGAAGGAACGUCAACUUCACAGAUAUGUGAACAAGAUGUUAAAGAGGAGAAGACGAUUGAUAAGCAGAAUAUUUAUGAACAUAUGACUGAGGAAGCUGCGCUCCAAUGCAUUCAGAGAGCGUUGUUAUUGUUGAAGACACAUCUUGAUACUUUCAAAAGGAGGUACGCGUACCACCUGCGGCGCUGGUCGCUGGCGGAGUCGGGCGCGUGGGAGGGCCCGGUGGGCGGCGCGGGCAGCACGGUGCGCGUGACGCUGCAGCCGGCGGGCGCGGGCCCGCGCGCCGCGCUCGUGCUGCACCACGCCGACCUCGUGGCGCACCUGCGCGCGCACGUGCACGUCUGGUGGGAGAAACAGAUUCAAGGCGAGGAAGGCGUGACUGCGCUAUCGACGGACGGACCGCUGCGUAUGAUCACACAAGGACAGGAACUUACUAUUGACUACGAUGAAAGAACUCUUUACGAUAUGGGAUUUAAAGAUAAUCAGCUGGUGUUCGUGUCGGUGGGCGUGGGCGGGCGCGGCGCGUGGGCGGAGUGGCCGUCGGCGCAGCCCGCGCCGGCCCGCGCGCGCCUGCCCACCAGUCUCCUGCUCGACCCCACCUACUUCCACCAUCUCUUCACGCUCAUGCAGGCGCUGGGACAGAUGAAGGAACCCGGCGCUAACGGGGAACUGGUGAUGCACACAAAAGCACAACUACUAUCCCGUCGUGUAUGGGACAUCCUUCAAGCCGUGCCAAACAACCCGACAUUACUGGAAGCCUUUCAAAACCCAUCAGAGAGCAAGCUACCAGAAUUACUUGACCCCACCAGCCCACAGAAACUCAUGUAUUCCCUUCACAUUAUUGACAAGCUGAGCUCAAAUAACAGUGGUGCGACAAAUAUCAAAGAGAAUACAGUGAGCACGCUUAGCCCGCUGGUGACAAAUGAUAAGAAUGAGGAAGAAAAGGCUGCCGUAGAGAAUUGGAACGAAUUAUUUAUUAAAAAGGGAGGUUUAAGACUGCUAUAUGAUAUUAUGAUGUCGGGAGUGUUACAAAGGAAUGACGACACGGAGUGGCGCCAGGACUGCCUGGCGCUGUUACUGCAGUUACUGUGUAGGAUCGGGACUCUGCCCUCCACUGAUCCUGCGCAGACACCGAAGUUACAUCCGUCGUUACUAUCACUGAUGAGCGUAGAGGAGACGACCGAGCGACUGAUAUCGAUACUGUGCGAGGCGGCCACGCUCAAGGAACCCACCACCUACAAGACUGGCUUCUGGGGCAGGGCACAGGUGGUGCAGCACGCGAUGCGCAUGUGCGUGUGGUGGGCCCGCGGCGGGGGGGACGCCGUGGCGCUGGCCUGGUCGCUGCGUCGCGCCGCGCCGCGCCUGCUACUGGACGACGCGGACCCCGCCGUGCGGCGCGAGGCCGGGUCGGCCCUGUACCGGCUGUGCGCGGGCGGCGAGGUGGCGGCGCUGGCCCCGCUGCUGCAGCUGCUGCUGCAGCACCUGCCGCGCGCCGCCGACAUGCGCCCGCACCACGCCGCCCCGCACCACCACCACCACGACGUUGCUCAUCACCAUGCAGAAGAAGGCAAGGAACCUUAUGGACCAGCUUGUCGAGAUUACUUCUGGCUCGUUUGCAGGCUUAUAGACGGCUUGCCUGAAGACUUUUUCAAAGAGGGUGCAACAUCAGAAGACAGUGGCGCCCCCGACUUAAACGAGCUCUGUGAACAAAUACGGGCAUCUUUAGAAAAACGCGAAAUAAUAGAACGUAGGACUGAGCCGUGUUCUCCCGACGACGGACUGUUUGGUCAGCUCAGCUUACUCACACACUUGCUCAAACACCCACUGCGGUUCAAGAUGUCUGAUCAAGGAACUAGGACUUUGGAGAUGGUUUUCGGUUUCCUCUUCGACGUUCCUAAUCCGGAAAACCGCAACUUGCCGAAGUGUAAGUCACAGAAGUCUCGCUCGGCCGCCUACGACCUUUUAGUGGAGUUAGUAAGGGGUGCUCCUGAUAACUACAUGGUGCUACACAAUAAACUCAUGGAACAUCAUAAACCUGGCUACUGUAUCGACGCAGGUCCUCAAUCGUCGUACCCCUGGGACUACUGGCCGGCGGAGGAGUCCCGGUCGGAAUGUGGGUACGUGGGCCUCACCAACCUGGGCGCGACAUGUUACAUGGCCUCGUGCAUGCAGCACCUGUACAUGAUGCCACAGGCCCGCGCCGCGUUGUUGCAAGCUGACCCCGCCGCCAGUCGACAUUCAGCGACCCUGCAUGAGAUGCAGAGGAUGUUCGCUUAUCUUAUGGAAAGUGAGCGCAAAGCCUACAACCCUCGCAGCUUCUGCAAGGUGUACCAAAUGGACCACCAACCUCUAAACACUGGUGAACAGAAGGACAUGGCGGAGUUCUUCAUAGACCUGGUCUCCAAGCUCGAGGAGAUGACGCCGGAGCUCAAGAAACUAGUCAAGACCUUGUUCUGUGGAGUGCUCAGUAAUAAUGUUGUGUCACUGGACUGUCCCCACGUGUCCCGUACCCUGGAAGAGUUCUACACAGUCCGCUGCCAGGUGGCAGACAUGCGCAACUUGCACCAGUCCCUGGACGAGGUCACCGUGAAGGACACGCUCGAGGGGGACAACUGCUACACUUGCUCGCACUGCUCCGCUAAAGUGCGCGCUGAGAAACGGGCGUGUUUCAAGAAGCUCCCUCGCAUACUAUGUUUCAACACGAUGCGCUACACGUUCAACAUGUUGACUAUGCUGAAGGAGAAAGUGAACACGCACUUUUCAUUCCCCAUGCGACUCGAUAUGUCUGGAUAUGUCGAGAAACAUCUCAUGCCGGCGCAAUAUCAAGAGGAGAAAAAUAAGUUAGCAGAAAAGAAAGAAGGUGAUGCUAGUCCUACGGCUGCAGAAAUAGAAGAUAAUUCUGAAUUCGAAGAGCAUUAUGAAUACGAGUUGAUAGGCGUGACAGUCCACACGGGCACGGCGGACGGCGGGCACUACUACUCGUUCAUCCGCGACCGCGAGCACGACCACCACGACCGCUGGCUGCUGUUCAACGACGCCGAGGUCAAACCAUUCGACCCCGCGCACAUUGCUGCUGAAUGCUUCGGCGGGGAGAUGACUAGUAAGACGUACGAUUCAGUGACGGAUAAGUUCAUGGACUUUUCGUUUGAGAAGACGAACAGUGCGUACAUGUUGUUCUACGAGUGGAGCCCGCCGCGGAGUCACCGGGGCUCCGACUGUGGGCUCCAGGAGGAGGCACAGUCGUCAACAGCAGAGGAGACUAGUCCAAGCUCAUCCGUGGAGCGAAGAAGCAGUGAUUCGUCUCCUACUAUCAAAUUACCGCCGGACCUACUCAAGUGGAUCUGGGACGAUAACAUGCAGUUCUUGCAUGAUAAGAAUAUAUUCCAGCAUGCAUAUUUUACGUUUAUGGGUCAGAUGUGCAGCUCAGUGCCCCAGUCCCUGAUGACGCUGCGUCCCGAGGUUACUGAGGUGGCUGCCAGACUUUCUACGUCAUUCUUCAUCGAAACUUUCAUUCAUGCUAAGGAAAAGCCAACAAUGGUGUCGUGGGUGGAAUUGGUGACGAAGCAGUUCAACGCGUCGGCCGCAGCUUCAGAGUGGUUUCUAGGGCACAUGGCGGACGACACGUGGUGGCCCAUGCAAGUACUUAUAAAAUGUCCGAAUCAAAUGGUCCGGCAAAUGUUUCAAAGACUUUGUAUGCAUGUAAUACAAAGGCUCAGAUCUAGUCAUUGUGCCUUAUACCUGCAAGGCAUGGAGGAGGGCGAGGAUACCAGCAAGCUGGGGGAGGCCAGUUGUGUUACUAGAUUUAUAAGGAUGUUAUUGUCAUUGAUGGAGAACGGCGCGCGGUCUCACUUGCGUCACCUGACGGAGUACUUCAGUCUACUGUACGAGUUCAGCAAGAUGGGGGAGGAGGAGGGCAAGUUCAUGCUACGCAUCAAUGCCAUCUCUAGCAUGGUCAACUUCUAUCUAGGACAGAACUCCGCCGCUGUCAGCUGUCAAACGGACUCCCCGACGGAGGAAGCGGGUGGCAGUGGUAGUGGGAGCACUACGGCGGAGAGUGGCGGAGACAAACUACGGCCCGGCGCGCUCGACAAGAUGGUCGCACUCGUCGCGGGACUCUUGGAGCGGUCCAGGGACUCCGCCGGACAUCUCGCACUGCUGGAGCCUGACGCCAGGGCACUGCUGCAUGCUAAGGGGUUUCCAUUCAUCUACCAGCAGACCCGCGACUGCCUGAACCUGCAACAGACGCGGUCCCUGAUAUUCGCGCUGUGUCGCUGGAACGAGCCGCUCGCGCAGAAAAUCGUCAACAUGAUCUUCCAGGCCAUCGCUAAACAUUCUGAGAGCUGCGGACCAUUUUUUAAGUUACUAACGUUGCUGGUGGAGGGCAGCGGCGGCGGCGCGGGCGCCACGGGCGGCCUGCCCUGCUACACGCAGCUCGUCCUGGCGCGGCUCUGGGACGUCGCCGACGUCUGCCCGCAUGCGGCGCUGGAGUGGCUGGCCUUGCAGGUCCCCCGCAACAAGGCCGCGCACGCGUGGGCGCUGCGCACGUGGGAGCGCUGGCUGGAGCCGCAGCUGCUGGGCGCGGGCGCGGCGCGCGUGCGCGCGGCGGCGGCGCUGCUGCUGGUGGCGCUGGUGCCGUCGCAGCACUUCCGCGCCGGGUACGCGCGCGCGCGCCCGCCCGCGCCCGCGCCCCACGCCAACCACGCCACCCACGCCAAGCUGCCCGACACGGCGCACCACACCCUGCAUCAGGUGUACACAAUGCUUCUGGGCAAGUUGAAGGCAGCCCGCAAGUACACCGACAUAGCGGUGCACGGCACCAUGAAGUUGACGGCCUACUUCGGUGUCAUGUCCUAUUGCGUCGUCAGCAGAGUCGAAAAACUCAUGUUCGGUCAAUACUUCAACGACCUGUGGGAGUUGUACCACCCAGCUAUAUCGGAGCCGUCGGUGGCGGUGCACCCCAACAAGCAGGCGCUGCUGACGUUCUGGCACGCCGUGUCCGUCGACUGCCCCGAGAACGUACAGCUCGCCGUCGCCAACCAGCGACUCACCAAGCACAUCGCCUUCAAUUAUAUACUCGCGGACCACGAGGACGGCGAGGUGGUGGCGUACAACCGCGCCAUGUUGCCGCCGUACUACGCCCUGCUGAGGCUGUGCUGCCGGCGCUCCGGGGCCUUCGCGCGCGCCCUGGCGCAGCACCAGAACAUACACUGGGCCUUCCGGAACAUCGCGCCGCAUGCUCAUUUAUAUCCCGGAGCUGCGGACGAACUGCUAAGACUAGCGCGAGUCCUGGCGGCGCGGGGCGGGGGCGCGGGCAGUAGCGGGGGCGCGGAGGGGGAGGGGAGGGAGGCGGCCGCCUUCCGACGUAGCACUCUCGCCGCGUAUCUACAGGGGUUGAACGGCAGGACAUGUUGGUCCACGCUGAUCUCUGCCUUCUGCACGCUCGUAGAGAACGAAGAUGAUAGGCUUUAUGUUGUCUAUAAUGGUGGACUACAGAUGACCUUCGAAGCGCUGCACAGCCUGCACGCGGUGUACGUGGAGGGCGCGGGCGGGGGCGCGGCGGGCGGGGGCGCGGGCUGCGUGCGCGCGGAGCUGACGGCGGCGCUGCGCUGGGCGCGCGCGCUGUGCCGCACGCUGCGCACGCGCCGCGACCACAAGGAGGCGCGCGCGCUGCUGCUGGCCUGCAAGGACUGGCCCGAGUGCGCGCGCCGACUGCUCACCAUGCUCAACCUGCACCACAGGCACAACCAUCUCAGGGACGCCGCGCUGGGCGUUCUACGUGAGAUAGUCAUGAUAGGCGGAGGAGCAGCAUUAGGCGCGUUAGUACCAUUAGCAGCGGGUGCAGCGGGUGCGGCGUGUGGGUCCCGCGGCCGCCACGCGCACGUGUGCGGGCCCCGCGCCCCGCACGGAGCGCACGGAGCACACGGCGCACACGGAGCACACGGCGCACACAGCGCGCACGCCGCGCUGCCGCAGCACGCGGCGAUACCGCACGACAAGCACAACGCGCACAGACUCGCCACAUCAUACCGACCAUACCAUAAGUUUAUAGACACGUGUUGCCGCGUGGCCCGCAGCCAGCGCUGUAUGUCUGAGCAGUUGGUGCUGGUGUCUGCGCUCUGUGCACUGGAGGCCGUGCCGCUAAGGUUCAACUACUUCGCGGCAUUCUGGACCGAAGUCGCCAACUCUCCGGCGGACUCUAAGUUGGAGGAGAUGUUGGUGGAGUGCAGCGUGGCGGCGGAGUACGUGGACGCCGUGCUGCUGGACGAGAGGGAGGCGCUCGAGGACCCCGUCAUAUACCAGUUCAUGCAGCACUACUAUCCCAAGCUGGGUGGCGGCGCGUCGAGCAGCUCCAGCAGUAGUUCAAGCGGCGGCGGCGCUGCGGAAGCGCUGCUGGAGGAGCUGGUGGCGGGCAGCGCGCGCGGGCCCGUGCGCGCGCUACUGGCCGCCGUGCGCGCGCUCACGCUCAUACACGCGCGCGCGCCGCCCGACAGCGCACGCGCGCGGGAUCUGCUACGGGCCACGCGCGCUAUACGCACGAGGCUGCAACAAGCUACCGAAGAAGAAAGCUCAGAGCCGGAGAACGGGUGUACGGGAGGACCAAGCAAUACGACGACGCGAGCGGGGUCCGGAUCGGGCAGUUCUGGUGACGACGCUGCGUCCGAACCAGCCGAGCCUGACUCGGAGCCCGACGAAGCCACACCGCGAGGGGCUGGAGGACUGGCACAUCUAGCAUUAGCCUUAGAUGCCCUGGAUGCACUCGCCAACGCUGCCACGGCCCCACCAGUCCCGCCACACCCCCCACCGGAGCCCUAGCCCUCCGCCCCCGCCUCCGACGGCGGCGACAACGUGCUCAACCUGAGUUCACGUCCAACCUAACUGAACAUGAACAACGGUAUUGGAAUUUAUUUUUACGAAGACCUGCCAAACGUGUUACAAAGUAUCCAGUACAUUUACUCGGACGUUGGCAACGAGACAAUGCAUUAUUAUUUAUUGGCGUUUCAUAAUAGAAAUGUUAUCAAAAUUAUAGCGGGUGCGGAGUAGUAAAAAAAUGGAGGUUAAACCUGGAGGCUUAGCAACGCCUCUAUAUUUAAAACCACAACUUUCAACGUAAACUAUUGUGAAAAAUAUAUAGACACACAAGUCGUGUAUGUCUCAGUAACUUAAUGAAAACUGUUUUAUAGUUCUCCAUUUGCUCACGUCUCUGUGUCCGCCAACCUAAGAUCUCGGCACAGUUUUAAUAAAAAAUUGCCCUUAAUUAUUGUUGUAAAAUUAAAUUAAAAGAUCUGUAUAUCCCACAGACAAUUAUUAUAAAGUUGAUAUACACUAUAGUAGCAUGUAAACUGUGUGUAUUUUUUGAAUACGUUGCAUAGACUGUCCUAUAAAUAUAAUAUUAUAUUGUUUUAAAAAAUUUUGACAUCUCAUGAAAGUGCAAAUGUUGUGAGAAAAUUUUAAUGGUUCGGUUGUUUCUAAUAUUAUGUGUAAGUUUAAUGUAUAUAAAUAGAUUUGUGAUCGUUGCGUUUCAAUAAGUAUAUGAUAUAAUUAUUAUUUAGUUAGGAAUUGAAAAUGAUACACUGACAUAUUUAUGAUAAUGUUCAAUUAAUUUCGUGUACGGACGUUUGUAUAAAACAUCGAUGUUUAGAAUACAUUCCAACGGUAUCAUCACAACAUUACUUGUAGUCUAUGGUAACAUAUGACGUCUACUCUGUGCCAGUCUCUAUUCUCAUACACAAUACAUACAGCCUGUCACAGAUUAGACUAAAACUUACUGCACUCGCUAAAAAGGCAACUUAAUGUUUUAUUGAUCGAGUGCAUACAACAUUGCAAGUAUUAACACGACUACUUUCGAGCUCGAAAAUGUAAAAUUCGAACUCGAAAUUAAUCGAAAAUGAAAUAUAAUUCGCGAAAGAAAGCGACAAAUCAUAUUCGACUUUGAGCGGGUGUACUUUGAGUGCAUAAGUUCUGAUAAUGUUUUUGUACGAAAAUUGAUGACGAAAUUGUUAGACUAAGCGGUUAUGUCAUAGCUCCUUUCUGCUAAUUUCUAUGUCUAUGAUGUAACCGCUUACAAUAAGUAAAGACUAUUUAGGACUUAAAAAUAAUUCUAUAAUCACACUCGCUCAUUAUUUUCGGUAACCCCUCUUUUCGCGAGUGCAGCACAAUCGUAAAGCAGUCACAAAUCGAUAAGUGUGCUUAAGAAUUGUGUCAAUGAAUAUUGUGAAAAUGGGAAUUUUAAAGUCACUUUAUUGAUUCAAGUGUUAACUGCCAUACUCAGAGUCAUUUAAUGGCUACUUAACCCAGUCCUUAGCAAAUGUUAUCGGAACAAAAUCGUUACUAAGGACUAGAUUAAGACAUCAUUAAAUGUCUCCAAGUAUCGCAGUGUGUUAUUGACAAAGUAUGUGCAUUGUUAAUCUGAAGGAUGUGUACAAACUGAAAUUUAAUUUAAACUAAACAUGACUGCAUCAUCUCUUUAGAUUAAUACAUUAGUGCUUCUCUAGAACAUUCUUUAUGUUCUACAGAACUACUAACGCGAUGUGCUUUUAUUUAUUUAAAUUGUAAGCUUACUAGCUAUACUCGGCGGCUAUUAGGGAGAGGACUGUAGUGUUCCUAGUUUUACGUAUCUAAAUUAGAUGAUGUUUAUUAAAUUAGGAAUCUUACGGCCAACGUUUUUUAUCAAUUUUGUAUUGUAGUUAUUCGACUUGUGUUGAAAUAAUGGUCGAUAAAUCUGUAGUAUUUCUAAAAUUACUGCUUUAUUUUAUUUCAUAGAGUUAGGUACAUCGUAAUUUCAUAUUCAGUUUUCAUAAUAUUUCAUAACAAUUAAUAUGCUCAUAUAGGGUGAAGUAAGUGUAAUUCAUCGUACGUUAUAUGUCUCGUCUUUCGUCAGUACUCGGUAUAUACCAGAGCUGUAGCUUCAUCUAAUGUGCAUUUCUAACUUAGUGUUUAUAACUAUUGGUAUCUGUGUGCAUGACUGUCGCAAAAUUGAUAUUGUAUGUCAAAAUUAUUAUAUGUACAUUUAGGCUGUGAGCAUUUUGUUAAUUUAUCUUAAAUAUCGUAAUCUAAUUAGUCAAAAGGAAAUACCCCACCCUGCUUUUAGUGUCUAUGUGUGAAAUGCUAAAUGACAUAGAACAAAAGGAAUCACCCGUCCAGGCGCGUACUUUUAUUUGAUUGGCAAGUAUUGGCAUUAGGCAAGUAUAUUGUGAUAGCUUAUCUUUCCUAUCUGUAAAAGUUUUAUCCAAAUCCUAUAUUUAUGGAAAAUCUUUUUAGAAUCCUUGUCUACGUACUCAAUGUUUUAACGGCUAUUGGUGUUUUCGUUCUAACAUCAUUUACUUAUUUGUACUUGCAUAGGUGGCAACACAGGAUCACGUACACUGCCCAAUUCAAUAAGAUAAAUAUUUAGUAAUAACUGAUAUUAUCUCACGUAGGAAGUAUGGUUCGUAUGAUUGUAUAUAACUGCAAUUUACCUGAGAAUAUUUAUGAAGGAACCUGUCCAUUUUAUAUCUUUAUAGUGAACACUAACUAUCUAUUUACGCUAUAGUCCAUCACAAAUCUACUUGUCGUUUUAGAAUGUGGAAAAUAAAUGUUGUACGUAACUCACAAUGUAUCGUAACGUAUUAUAUUUAAUGGUAAUAUCUCGAAUUUCAAUAUUUCUACUCGCAUACCACCUUUGUAGCUACAUAUAGUUGCAUGUGGAUGUCUCUAUCGAAGGAAAGCAAUAAAUUCGAAUUAAUAAUGUACUGUGUCAUUUUAAACAAUAUUAUGUCAUUUUUUUCAUAAUCUUAGUUUGAUUCGUGUACCUAAUUGUUGUAGAUUUUCAUAUCGUAUUGUGUCACGAGUAGACGCGACACUGCCGGGGGCGGUAGCAGGUCGUGCAAGCAGGCGGUGUAGUGUAGCGGUGACAGUCACUGGACAGUUUGAGGAGGUGUGAAAGUAUUGUGGUGCUAUCUAUGGAUGUUUGGAGUGACUGGAACAUAAGACAAAACGUGUAUUUAAGUUUGUCCUGUUUUUAGAGCUUAUUAAUAUAUACAAUCUAAUAUAACUAUGCUGUAAUUAUCUUUAUUAAUUUUAAGAUUAUAAUUUGUUUGUAAUAAAUGUGGCAUAAGAUGAUCGCAAGCGUUUUGUGGUCACAUUGUACCCCAUUUCGUUUCAUGGCUUUGAAUUUGUGUAUUAUAUUAAAAUGUGUUACUGGAACUAGAGUUUCGGUCGAAUAUAACUGUGUUACUGAAUACAAUUUGUGAAAAUUAAUAAAAAAAUACUGUAAAUCGGACUGGAAAGCCAAAGUAAACAGUAU